GUUUUCACCUUUAGAUACAGCAAGGUCUUCACCGAGGAAAGUUCACACAGAAGUAGAGUUAGAUAAGUUUCGUUUCUGCUGGCGAUCAUUCAUUCUACUACGAUGCCAUUCGGAAGAGACGGUAUUUGUGACGGURUYUGGGCGCCAAGAAACUUGUCCCUAGCRACAGCAGUCAUCGCGUCUCUCCUCUCCGUCAUAACGAUUCCAGGCAACUUACUGAUCUGUAUUUCAGUACUCAAGAAUCCCAACAAAGACCUCAGAUCGUCGUUCAACUUUUUCGUUCUGAAUCUGGCUUUGUCGGACCUCAUUUCAGGWCUYGUGACWGAACCGAUCUUUGUAUGGUAUCAUGCAAGCGAGGCUGAUGGUGACCCAGUUACGAGGUUUCUGUGGAUUGUUCACGUGGCCUAUUUCAUUUCAUGCCUGGCAUCUUUACUUAGUAUUGCUGCUCUGGCAAUCGACCGUUAUCUGACAGUGACAUCUAGAUACAGGCGUAAGAUUGCUAUCCAUAAAGCUGUGUACGUGUCGAUAGCCAUCUGGUUGCUGUCCUUCAGUACCUCUAUGAUAUAUUUCGCGACCGGGUUUUAUAAGUUCGUCUUGAUAUUUUCUAACGUUGCUACCAUGACAACGCUUGGAAUCAUCACGUUUUCAUAUGUGAAGAUCUACCAAAGUCUUCAUUCACACAUCGACAAAGRCGCAAGCUCAAUCCGCAGUCGUUCACAAGUAAAGAUUUUAAAAUACGAGAAGAAAGCAACCAGAGCUUUCUUAUAUAUUCUUGUGGUCUUUAUCUCCUUUAAUGUCCCAUCAUGCAUCAUGGCUUACGUCCUUAACUUUUGUGUCACGUGUGACUGUGAGACCAUUCAUUGGUUGAGAGAUUUCCAGUUCUUGUCAGCUCUGUUUAACUGCUCUGCCAACCAGUUUUUGUACGCUCUGCGCAUGCCCUUGUUUAUUCGCGCAAUGAGAAGUAUACUGAAGUGGUGUCCGUGUUCCUUGCCUUGUGUGAGUCGAAUCGAUGUAACGAGCGAAGUAACACCGUCUGAGUCCAAAGCAAAACGAAGAAAAUCAUCGAAUAACGAAACAAAGUAAUAAUGAURAAAAUGAAAUAACUCGCUGAAUUACUUUUCCUUUAGUUUUAGUCGAUCUUUAAUCUUUGCGUUACAUGAACGCCAAGAUCGACUACAAGCAAGAGACAUCUCUCUUUUUUGCUCAUUCUCGACUUUCACAUCCCCAUAAUCCUUUGCGUCUUUGGGGGGUAACCAGAGGGUAAAAACCCACUUAUUUUGCUGAAGGCUGAUCAGACAAUGUUGAAAAUACCUUGUUUAGUAUCCAAAAAUAAAAUGAWGAAGUAAAAAACAGAAAAAGAUAGAASCUUGAAKACGUUUAMGGUWAAUUUUAAACAUUUUUUCGUAAGUCAAUACAUUUUCUGUAAGACCAAAACUCUUGAUGAUCUGUACACGCAAAAAUAACWUGGAAUAAACUGAUAAUCAGUAUUGUACAGAUAAAAGCAGGUAUAGUA